AUGGCGUGGACUUACAAGACAGGGCUAUUCAAGCAGCAAAUGAGGGUGUCCACCGUGAAUCCGUUCAUUAAGCUAGAACGAGACAACGAGUUAGAGGAGAAGGCAGCAGCUACGAGCGAGGUCGGUGUGCGUCUAAGAAGCUUCAGCUUUACGACAGCAUGGGCUCCAGCAGGUUGGCGACAGCUGCGGUGUAUUUGCGUGUCUCCCGCUAUGGAAGUCCGUGUCGAUCGAUCGCCAACGGGCGUGUCCAAGUCUAGUAUAACCAAGCUGCGUUGGAAAUUUUUGCAAGCGAUUUUGGAGGUGGAGCACCGCUUGUAG